AUGAUAGAGGGUUCGGCUCCUGCAACCAACCUGGAACAGUACCUGAACACCCCAGAUGAAGCAAUCGUGAACGCCCACGUGGUUCUUAUACAAGAACUCAUCAACAGAGGAGGUCGCCAAGUCUUGAAUGCACUAUCACCCGCGCGCGAUUUAUGCCGAAGUUCGACACCAACUCCUUCACCGGUAUGUCGACGGUGUGGUGCGGUCCAGGAGGACCAGAGCGGUUCUGUCCAUACUCAAGGUUCAUUCCCGAUUAAAGCUACAGAAGAAAAGGUGAAGAAACUCAAGCAAGUCCGUGAACAGAAGGGACCCUUAGCUGCGACGAACGAAUACUCCAUCUGGUUUUUCCUACCUCAAAGCUGUCAGGUCAAACUUAAUCUCUCAAAGAUCGAGAAGCCACCACCGGUAGUUCCCAAGUUCGCUCAACCUACGAUGCCGAUGCUCCCUGCGGGCAUCAUUACGGGGAUGCCUCACAACUGGGACGACAAUGAGUUCUGGGUGAGAUUCAACCACACCACCGCGUUUCUUAAAUUUCGCACUAGCAGCCCUUGGGUACAAGUCUGCGAUUCCAGCGGGAAACCUCUCAAGACCACACAGUGGGAAUUGACAACUGAAUUCCAAUCCAAGAAAAGCCAGCUCAAGGCCGCCAAGAUAGCAAUGGAGAACCUCCUGGGCGACCUCCCUAAGCUGCAGCAAGACAUCAACCUACAGAUGAUACAAUGGAGAGUUGACCGCCGGAAUUGGGAGGCCGAACUCGACGCGGGGCCAUCGAGGAGGCCCCGUCGGAGUGAAUUGGGCCUUGCGAUUCAUCGAAGCCACCGACAGGUACACCGUCAUUACAGAAUGACAAGCAGCAAGUAA